ACUAGCGUAUCAAUCCAAUGCGGCUGUGAGGGGGAUGAGCUGCAUGAAGGCGAAGUGCCUGGGAAGUGAGAUGCGAUCUGUUGUUUCAUGAAAACAAAAAUUGUGUGGUGUGCUUUUCAUUUUUCGUAACUUGGGAAUGCCAGGCAACAGCUAUGAUGUCAUGUCCAAGCAUAUCGCGUCGCCCACGAGAAACACGUUCGUCUUUUGCAUGUCCUGGCACUUCGGGCGAGUCUACAACAAGGCUUAGCAGGCUUCUAAAUAGGAAACACUGAAGACGAGGAGGGGCUCAAUCUGCCAGUUCCUUUCCAAACUGAGGCGAUCGGCAGUUGAGACACAGUAUGACUAGUUCGUUCCACAGAAGCACAGGGGAAAGAAGGCUCACCUCACCAAAAAGAAGCAACAGAAGCACCAGCACCAGCAGUAGCGGCAGCGGCAGCGGCAGCAGCAGCGGCAGCGGCAGCGGCAGCAGGAGAGGAUGGCGUUGACAAAUUUCCUGCUUACACUCGUCGGUGUUGGUGCCGUAGCUAUGAUGCUUCGUGGAGAUGUCAAACAGACGACUCAGAUUCUUCGCCGCAACCUUAAGCACAUAAGGACAUGGCUAGAGGAGGAACAGGCACUGUCGUCAGGCCACAGGUCAGCUGUAUCGGAAAAGCUGAAAGAGAUUGAAGGAUCGAUGAAGAAUGGUGCGAAGCUCGGAGAGAAGGCCCCUGAAGCCAAACCCAAGGAGUAAGCGGCAUGCAUGCAUCAGUUGCAAGGGUUGGUCCGCGCAAGUGGAAAUUCAUCUCCCGAGCCGCGCUCGUUCAUGUGUACAUGACCUCUGUCACUGCUUUCCCCCUCCUACGUUUAUCGUGGCGGUGGUAGUGUUGGGAGCGGGGACGGGAUGGUGGUAGUUGGAAAACAGAUGAGGGUAGAGAGGCGCUAUCGCACGCCUGAACUCCCUGGACAAAGGCUUUGUUCCAUCUUGUCUGCUUCGGUGCUUUUGUAUCAAAGUUGAUCAAACCUUUUUGAUGCUGUGCGGAGAAUUGGGCGUGCAUUGUCUGGAAAGGCUCCAUUGUUUGUGGAAAAGGAGAAUAGCAAAAGAUCGGAUACACGUGUGCGAAUUCCCAGAAGAAGAAGAGCAGCACAAGAUAAGAUCGACGUGUGCGAACCCCCUUUUUUUUUGAAGUUUGCAGGAAGCAAUCUUUGCAGUCUGUGUGGUUCCUUCCUUGAUGCUGUGUGUGUGAAGCCGCUCAGCGGUGAAUCCUGUGCUUUUCAGCAGCAGUCUCACCCAAAGAUGCAUCAUGUGUUAAGGUCAGUCCCACUCAGCGGUCCCACUAGCCAUCCCGCUCAGCAGUACCACUGACACAGCAGUUCCACUCAGCUGCCCCCACUCAGCAGUCCCACUCACUGGUCCCACUCAGCAGUCCCACUCUCUGGCCCCACUCAGCAGUCCCACUCAUUGGUUAUGCUUGCAGUCCCACUCAUUGGUUAUGCUUCCCACUUUCUACAUCGGCCAAGUGGCAGUAUGUUGAGGCCGAUUUGUUUGUGGAGUGUGGGAAAGCGCUGGCCAUAGACCCUGCCGUUACUGAAUGGGGGUGGGGGAAAUAGAAAAGGGGGGCCGCAGCCACUGGCAAAAUGCUCGGCCGUUGUGUUAGCCAGACCCCCAUCAGCAACCCCACCCUACUCCCUGUCCACCACCGAUAGGGGAGGGGGCAACACACACCCCCUUCAAUGUGAGAGGGAGCUAUAGGUGCAGGGGUCCUCUGUAUAGCCUUUUAGGAGUCGUAGGUAGGUAGGUAGCUAGCUAGCUCGCGAAAAGUGAAUUUGAGAGGAGGGAUACGGUUUGUUUUUCUUUUCUUCUAGAGAAAGAGAAAAAUUGUCUCUUCUGUUAAUAGAAGAGGACUCUGAUCUCCAUCUGUGUUACUGUACGGCCUUAUCGCGAUGAUGAUGCUGUGCAAAGAUGAAUAUACUACCUUCUUCUGCCGUACACAAGGCCUGGUCAUUAUGACUGCAUCUAAUGAACAUUGUGGGUCAUA